AUGAGUAGCGAUUGGAAUAAUAUUUUAAAAAGAAAUAAAGAAUAUAUCAAAGCUAAGAAUAAAAUAAAGACCCAAGUUGAAAAUAACAGAUUACAACAACUCGGAUUAACGGAAAAUCUACAAACUCUAUUUCAACCCAUAUUAAAAUCUCAAGAGGAUAUUAAAAAGAAAUUAGAACCUAAACAAAUUCAACAACCACCGUUUCCUUCUUCUCAUCAAAUAGAAUAUCCCAUUGAAUAUGAUGGAAUUAUAAUUAGGACAUUAGAUGAUAUAAAUCAUUAUUUUUCAAACCCUGACCCAGAUUUACCAAAGAGCAUUUCGUCAAUCGUUGAUAAUCAAGGUUUAUUGUUUAAUGGAUAUAGAAUAAGAUUUGAAAAAUUUUACCCUUUAUUCAAAAUCGAUACAAAAGACUUUACAUUUACAACAACAGAUUUAAUGAAUGGUGGGGAUUCUGAUAUUGCCGAUCGCAAGGAUUUAGUAGAAUACUUAAAAUUUCUACAUCUAAUUAAAAAGACAGGACCCAACACAAAAAGAUUACAAGCAGUUGAAACAUAUUUAAAUAAAUAUGAAGAGGAUGUAGAUGAUUAUGGAGAAAAUUAUCCACCAAUCAUACAAGAAAUAGAUGAAUUCGAAGAUAUGGUAUGUGGACAAGGUAUGACGUUUUUAUCUGAUAAUAAUGAAGAAUUGCUUAAUAGAUUACGAGUAAUAUUAGCGGCAAUGAAGGAAGGACAUCGAUCACACAGACAAUAUACUGAAGUAAAUUAUAUAUUAAAAAGACUCCUAGAAAAAGAUAACGGAGUUACAUUCAAAACCAUACGUUUACUACCAGGAAGCUACGAAUACAUAGCCAUUAACGAAUACCUAUCUGAAUAUGGAGGAAGUGUUAAUGGUAAAAACAAUAUUGAAUUCGAAGAAAAUUCAUUGAAUACGUUACUACGAUUUGAUAAACGAGUAUACACCCAAUCCACUUUAGCACCACAAAAAGCUAAUAUCGAGAAUGAUAUCGAUGUGAUAAAUAUACAUUGCAAUUUGAUAAACGGUGGAUUUUUCAAUAAAUACAAACGUCAGAUUAUUUACAGUCUUCCAACAUUCAAUGUACCGAUAGGAUAUAGAAUUAUAGAGAAACCAUUUCAAACGACGUAUUUACCACUUAAUUCCUAUAUGAUUAAAGAUAUAAAUCUGGAAAUCAAAGAUGGUAAAAAUAGGUUUAUAGAUUUUGGUAACGAGGAAAUUGUUAUUCAACUUCAUUUAAAACAAAAAAAAUUAACACUCUUCUUAAAUAGUAAGGAAAAGGUUGAUAAUAUGUCAUUAGAACAGUUACGCGACAAAGUCAAGGAAGCAGCACAUGUCAUUCCAGAUCACCUAUUUCCAUUUUUUGAUUCGGAAUCAUCAAGCAACCUCCCACGUCCAAGCUGGUGCAGUUGCGGAAAUUGUGAAAUUAUGGAGGAUGUUCGAAUGAAUACAUGUUGUCGUACGACACCAUUACUUCCAAGCCAGAAUUAA